CUCCGGUACAAGUAGUAUUACGACCAACUUCAGCAGACAGUCCAUCGGCAGUAACAGAUCAGAGAGAUCGUCAUAAAAUGAACUGUUUUCUAUUCACACUUUUCUUCGUUGCCGCACCGCUCGCAACAGCCUCUUACGGCUCUUCUUCCGGUGGCGGUGGUGGUGGCUCAUCGUAUUUAUCCUCUGCCUCAUCGAACGGUCUCGAUGAAUUAGUACAGGCUGCUGCUGGUGGUGCACAACAAGCUGGCGGUACCAUUACGCCCGCUAAUGCUGAAAUACCCGUCUCACCCGCCGAGGUGGCUCGCCUCAAUCAAGUGCAAGCUCAAUUGCAGGCACUCAACUCCAACCCAGUUUAUCGCAAUUUGAAGAACUCUGAUGCCAUUGCCGAAUCUUUGGCCGAAUCCAGCUUGGCUUCGAAAAUCCGCCAGGGUAACAUCAAUAUUGUUGCGCCCAAUGUAAUCGAUCAGGGAGUUUACCGUUCACUCUUGGUGCCAUCUGGCCAAAACAACCAUCAAGUGAUCGCAACACAACCUCUGCCACCAAUCAUUGUCAACCAGCCAGCUUUGCCACCCACUCAAAUUGGUGGUGGACCAGCUGCUGUGGUCAAGGCUGCGCCUGUCAUCUACAAGAUCAAACCAUCUGUAAUCUAUCAACAAGAAGUGAUCAACAAAGUGCCUACUCCACUCAGUUUGAACCCAGUUUACGUUAAGGUUUACAAACCAGGCAAGAAGAUCGAUGCUCCUUUGGUACCUGGUGUACAACAGAACUACCAGGCUCCUUCAUAUGGUGGCUCAUCAUACUCCGCACCAGCUGCUUCUUAUGAACCAGCACCCGCACCAUCUUACAGUGCUGCUCCUGCUCAAUCUUACAAUGCAGCGCCUGCUCCAUCUUAUAGUGCUGCUCCUGCUGCUUCUUAUGGCGCUGCUCCUUCUGCAUCUUAUGACGCUGCGCCUGCUGCUUCUUAUGGCGCUGAAUCAUCCUACGGUUCGCCUCAAAGCAGCAGCAGCUAUGGCAGCGCUCCACCAGCAUCGGGCUACUAAAUUUAGUGUAGCUACUUGCAAAAGCAUAGCAUAGUAUUUUUUCAGUAAAUUUUUUUUUUACAUGUUUUGUACAAACAUUUGUCCUCUUAGACAAAGAAAAAAUAAAAACAAAUUUUUCGCACCAGAA